AGGACCAACAACCGAAGUCAGGCCUUUGGCAGAUGGGCACCGGUAUCCUCAACUAACCCGCAGGAUGGAGACCAUGCCCUUAAACUCUCCGAAGGAGCCAUCCGCGGGUGAGGAUAGAGAAGACUGUCAAGGCAAUGGAGUCCUACAGAAAGGGGUCCCUGCCUCGGGCCAGAAAGCUGAGCCCAGCCAGAUCUCCAACGGGUACUCAGCAGUUCCGAGCCCCGCAGGAGAUGACACCCAGCACUGCGCCCCAGCAGCUACCACAACCUUAGCCACAGAGGUUCAUCAAGGGGAACGGGAGACCUGGGGCAAGAAAGUGGAUUUCCUCCUCUCUGUCAUUGGCUACGCUGUGGACCUGGGCAAUGUCUGGCGCUUUCCCUACAUAUGCUACCAGAACGGAGGAGGGGCGUUCCUCCUUCCCUACACCAUCAUGGCCAUUUUUGGAGGGAUCCCGCUCUUCUACAUGGAACUUGCGCUGGGCCAGUACCACAGAAAUGGAUGCAUUUCAAUAUGGAGGAAGAUCUGCCCAAUAUUCAAAGGAAUUGGUUAUGCCAUCUGCAUCAUUGCUUUCUACAUCGCCUCCUACUACAACACCAUCAUGGCCUGGGCACUCUACUACCUCAUCUCCUCCUUCACGGACAAGCUGCCCUGGACCAGCUGCGAGAACCCCUGGAACACCGGCAACUGCACCAACUACUUCUCUGAGGACAAUGUCACCUGGACGCUCCACUCCACGUCCCCAGCGGAAGAGUUUUACACACGCCACGUUCUACAGCUCCACCGGUCACAGGGACUCCAGGACCUGGGGGGCAUCAGCUGGCAGCUUGCCCUCUGCAUCAUGCUGAUCUUCACCGUCGUCUACUUCAGCAUCUGGAAAGGUGUCAAAACAUCUGGAAAGGUGGUGUGGGUGACAGCUACUUUCCCUUACAUCAUCCUCUCCAUCCUGCUGGUGAGGGGGGCCACCCUCCCUGGAGCCUGGAGGGGUGUCCUCUUUUACCUGAAACCCAACUGGCAGAAACUCCUGGAGACAGGGGUGUGGGUGGACGCCGCGGCUCAGAUCUUCUUUUCUCUUGGUCCCGGCUUUGGAGUUCUGUUGGCUUUUGCCAGCUACAACAAGUUCAACAACAACUGUUACCAAGAUGCCCUGGUGACCAGUGUGGUGAACUGCAUGACGAGCUUUGUUUCAGGAUUUGUCAUCUUCACGGUACUUGGAUAUAUGGCCGAGAUGAGGAACGAAGACGUGUCUGAAGUGGCCAAAGAUGCAGGCCCCAGCCUCCUCUUCAUCACAUAUGCAGAAGCCAUAGCCAACAUGCCAGCAUCCACGUUCUUCGCCAUCAUCUUCUUCCUGAUGUUAAUCACCUUGGGCUUGGAUAGUACGUUCGCAGGUUUGGAGGGGGUGAUCACAGCUGUGCUGGAUGAGUUCCCCCACAUCUGGGCCAAGCGUCGGGAGUGGUGUGUGCUGGGGGUGGUUACCACUUGCUUCUUUGGAUCUCUGGUCACCCUGACUUUUGGAGGGGCCUACGUGGUGAAGCUGCUGGAGGAAUAUGCGACAGGGCCUGCGGUCCUCACGGUCGUACUGAUUGAAGCAGUCGCUGUGUCUUGGUUCUAUGGUAUCACUCAGUUCUGCAGUGACGUGAAGGAAAUGCUUGGCUUCAGCCCUGGAUGGUUUUGGAGGAUCUGCUGGGUAGCCAUCAGCCCUCUGUUUCUCCUGUUCAUCAUUUGCAGUUUUUUGAUGAGCCCCCCAGAGCUACGACUUUUCCAAUAUAAUUACCCCCACUGGAGUGUCAUCUUAGGUUACUGCAUAGGAACCUCGUCAUUCAUCUGCAUUCCUGCAUAUAUCAUUUAUCGACUGAUCACCACUCCAGGGACCUUUAAGGAGCGCAUUAUUAAAAGUAUCACUCCAGAAACGCCAACAGAGAUUCCCUGUGGCAUCCGUUUGAAUGCUGUGUGAAAACACACUUCAUUGAGAGGAAGAUGGCUCCCCACCAGCCUCUCCCCCUUACAUCUGACCUUGUCACACCUCGACUUCUCCCCUCAAAGUGAAUGAGUUUCCAGCUAAACCUGACAACGGAAGGGUCUCCUUUACAGAGACGCAG